AUGGCCCUGGUCCAAGCCCUCUCCAGACCUUCCGCUAAAGCCCUAAGGGCCAGAUGGAGGCUAUCUCAGACUCUGCACAUCUCUGCCCUGCCUCUGGGGGGUACCGUUCACAACCCUACAGCCAGACUCCCCUGUCUAAAAGCCUUUCACCUCAGCACAGCCUCAUCCAGCCCUGAACCUAAAAAGCCCAAAUCAGGCAAGGAGCAUUACAUUAUCUCUCUCUCUAGUGACACAUUGCAUGGAGUUAGGCUAGUUCCCUUUACUUGUCUUACGGCCUAUAUCAGUGACCCUGACCUUCCCACCCCCUAACCCAUGCCUAGGAAUGUUGCCUCUCGCUAACAGUAAAGUCCCAUUACCUAACAGUACCAGAAAUCAUUACACAUGUAAGUGUGGCAUGACAGAGUAAGAAGACCGGCCCUCUUCUCUAGGCUCUGGUUCCUCUUAAAGUUUCUCCCUUCCUAAGAACAAUAAAUAACUCUGAUAAUCAUGUUUGUCUAUGUUUUCUCCGGUCUUUUUGGCUGCAGUGUUGUCCUCCGGCCUCGAGGUGGAGCUGUUUGAGAUGGGGAUGUGGUCGCUGGGUCUGGGGGCCUUAGGAGUGGCCAUCGUUGGGAUCUUUCUGGCCAAUACUGACUUGUGUCUGACCAAGGCUGCCCAGGCCUCGCUGGAGUACCUGGAGGACGCAGACCUCCGCUCCACUGGAGACGGUACGGGCCCUGGUUCACCUACAAUCACGUGGGCAUGGCCGGAAAGUGCAGAAAACUGUCGACCAUGCUGGCACCAAACGUUCUACAGUAUGACAAUGACAUUCUGUUUUACAUUCAUACUAGAAUGUAGCAGGGUUAGAGCUUUUGGUGCCAACAUGGCAGCUGUUAAGAUUUGAAAUCUCAAACAGAGUUUACAGAACUCUGAAUAUCUAUCGUAUAGCUCUGAGCAGGGCAUUUUGUGGUCCAUAAUAUGCUAACAAAUAUACGCUCGCUUUUUUUUCUCGGCUGUCGGAAACAACGGUAGAGCUAAACCUAAUCAUUACAACAAUUAUUAUCUGGGACAUAAAAAAAAAAAAAUCUAGGCACAUUGGUGCUCCUAGAUUUAUUUUAUUUUAUCCAGGUCACACAGCAAAAUGGUUACACUGAAGAGCCCUGGUCCCAAUGCAUGACCUGUAUAUGUGUGUGUCCUGCAGAUGAGAAGACCAUAAAGGCCAAAGCUCUGUGGGAGAAGACGGGAGCAGUAGUUAUGGCCGUACGACGGCCCGGAUGAUUUUUGUGCAGAGAGGUGAAGUGAUGAUGUCACUGAUACUUUACAGUAUAGUUGGAGGGAAAGUAUAUCCAAAAUCAAGUCUAUAUCCACACCAUAUGUUGUUGUUGGGUAGAUUCCGCUGUAUGCAUUAGGAGAAAUCUGCAGGCCUCAAUUCCAGAUGAACGAGGCACCAACCUAUUAAAAUAAUUGUACUAAUUGUGUGUGUAGGAAGCCUCCGAGCUGUCCUCUCUGAAGACCCAGCUUGAGGAGCUCGGGGUCCCUCUGGUUGCCGUGGUGAAGGAGAACAUCGGCACGGAGAUCCAGGACUUCCGACCGCACUUCGCUGGGGACAUCUACGUAGACGAACAGGUGAGACCCUGGGUGUUUCUCAAUAUGCAUACUACUGUGCUCCACACUCUCAUGCUCCGAGUGCAUUCUCCAACCACGUUCUCUUGAGUACGUUCUUGUGAGGAUGAGAGUGUAUUUUCUCUCGCUUCAGCUCAAAUAAUGUCCGGCAUUGAUUUCAAGAAAUGUUGCAUCACUUUUUAUGUCGUUGCAUCAUAUUUCUUUGCAUACUUUCCAUUGAAGCUUGCAUCGAUGCAUGCUUUAAAAUAUACUCAUUCGAGAAGUGUGCUCCGUUUCGUAUACUUUGAUUUGGACUCAUACUCCGAACCUCCCGUGCUUGGAGCAUGGUAGUAUGCAUUUUGAGAAACACCCCCUGACUCUCUAUGGGUACAUCUCAAUAGUCUAUAGAAGGUGAGACGGACCCAGACUCUAUGGGUACAUCUCAAUAGUCUAUAGAAGGUGAGACGGACCAUGACUCUAUGGGUACAUCUCAAUAGUCUAUAGAAGGUGAGACGGACCAUGACUCUAUGGGUACAUCUCAAUAGUCUAUAGAAGGUGAGACGGACCCUGACUCUAUGGGUACAUCUCAAUAGUCUAUAGAAGGUGAGACGGACCCAGACUCUAUGGGUACAUCUCAAUAGUCUAACAAAGGCUUCCUCUCCUUGUCUCUUUUCCUUCAUCUGCACUGGCCUGAAAGAAGGAAAGGUAAAGGGGGAUACCUAGUCAGUUGUACAACUGAAUGCGUUCAACUGAAAGAACUGUGAACAUGUUUGAAUCGAUUUCUACACAGGCCUGCUAUGAAGCAGAGGAGCUGAAGCAUGUGUCGAUAUAGUAUGCCUAUUGUCUGUGCCUGAGUUUUUUAUUUUCUCCAUUGAUUGGUUGGUUUACUCGUGUCCUUUGAUUGGUUUACUUGUGUCCGUUGCAGCACCACUUCUAUGGCCCACUACAGAGGAAGAUGGGGGGGCUGGGCUUCAUCCGUCUGGGGGUGUGGCAGAACUUUAUGCGGGCCUGGAAGGCCGGUUACCAGGGCAACAUGUUGGGGGAGGGCUUCGUCCUGGGAGGCGUGUUUGUCAUCGGAGCGGGGAACCAGGUACAACACACGCAGGGCUGUGCAUCAAUGGAGUGGGUUCAGCCACAGCUGGAAAUCAUUGACUGGAGCUGUUAAGGUGUCCGCAUGCUUCCCAACCCAAACAGUUAGUAAGAGUUUGUGCAUAUAUUAUGACAUUUUGUGAUGUUUUUGUUAGUUUUGGACUUCAGUUAGGGUUUUUUCGGCUGUUCGGGCACACAUUUUUUCUUGAGGCAAGCCGAAGUCGGUAGCCGAAGUCCCCUUCGACUGUGAUUGGUCAACAGUAGGGAUUCUUCAAUAAAGUCUUUGUUUUUAUGCACAUUUUUUUAUUGAGAAAUACUGCACCAAACAUCUUAUUUCAAUGUAGAAUUUGGAGACUAAGAUCUCUUCUGCAAAAACAUCAAAAUUAAUGACAGAUUUCUUGAGUUAUCUUAGAUUAAUUCUGACUAUGUUGCCUACGGCAUCUCAAAAUGGACAAACUGUACUAGUGCUGCUUUUUUCUCGUUUUUUCAAGCUGAGGUCUAUUAAGGGAGUAUGCGAGCACACACUCUGCUAGACGCCAGCCGAACCGAAGCAUGCUGACACCUUUAGUCUCCAACUGCCAACACACAUGUACGAGGGUAGAGACUCACCCAUGAAGGAUCCAGUGCUGCAGAUGACACACACUUUGUAUCUGCUGUCAACUCCUUAGUAAUCAGUAGCCAUGAGCAGAGACAAUGGAAGGAAGUCCUCCAGGACAAUAUGGAUACAAACACGGUUCAACCUAAAUGAAUAGACAGAGCGCAGCAGCAUUGUUGUUAUAUUGUGUUGAGCUUGUUUGGUAUUACGUAGGUCCCUUUUUUAAAUGAAUGUGUAUUUUUUCCUCCUCAGGGCAUUCUUCUGGAGCACAGGGAGAAGGAGUUUGGCAACAAAGUGGAGAAUGAAGAUGUUUUAGAGGCCGCCAAGAGAAUUGUGCCAGUGCAAUAGAUGGUUAGUUUUGUGUUCACAAACUUAGUAGCAUUAGAUCAACACAAAAAAAAGAGUCCUCAGAAACAAAUACUGGUUUAUUUCCUGCAUUCGUUUUUUUGUUUCUUUUUUCCAUUCACAAAAUGGAACCUUAUCCCAACAACAAUACACGUGUUUUAGAAUUGUGUAUGACAUUUAAACUUGAAGAAAAGGGCAUUUUCCGUAUCUGUAGUUCUCGUGCACUAACCUUUCAUGAUUUCUAUUAUGGCUAGCUCUGUCCAUCAUAGAAUGUGUCAUUUCCUCAAUAACAAUGUGAAUGUUCUAGAAUGCUCAGGUGAAUGAUGAUCUCCACUGCUUAUAAGAUCUUGACCCCCUUAACUCCCUGCACUCAUAAGCCCAUUGGAAGACGAGGUGGACCUUUUUCCUAUGUCUUUUCUCUAGAUGUGGAAACACCAAGUUGUACCAACUAGACAGUGUUCUGUAGGCUUAAGGUCUUGGUCAGGUCGUCAUUGUAAAAGAGAAUGGGUUCUCAUGACUUACCUGGUUAAAUAAAGGUAUUCUCAAUCAGGGACCUUACUGCUUGCACUAAACUGUGAGAACACUUGAACAUUACUCAUCUCUUGGGAGAGAGGGACUGUAUAUCUACAACUAUAGUGUUUCACACUUUUAUUGCAGUCUCUAAGGGCGUUAAACUCAACUUGAGGAAUGCAUGGUUCUGUGCAUCUGUAUUCGGUACGUAAAGUCAGUCUAGUAACUUGGCUAAAUGUGUUUCACGUUAUACCUGUGAAUUAAUGUGUGUGUGGUCAAUGUGUGUUAUUAAUGAAGACCUGACUGUAAACUCGGCGACGAGGGGAGCAGGUUUGAUACCCAAACACACACUGCCUCAACAUACUCACUAUGGCCAGGUUGGCAGGAAGCAGGUGUGAGAGAGAGGAUGCAAACCACAAUAAACCACCGUCACACCAUC